AUGUGUGGGAUUUUCUUCUCCUUAAGCACGUCGGGACCCGUGCUUCCAACUGAGGAGACAGGCGACUUGUUACGGCAACGAGGACCAGACAGUUUCCGAGUCCACAUUGUCCAACGGGAUGUCCGAAUCAAUGACUUCAAAGAUGAUGACCAAAUCUUGAAAACCGUUCCUGCUUGUUUGACAUUCGUUUCGACUGUCUUGUCUUUAAGGGGCGACCAUGUCCACGCUCAACCCCUGGUUGGUAAAGAAAGCCAGUCCGUGCUUUGCUGGAACGGGGAGGCGUGGAAAAUAGCCGGAGAACCUAUUCAGGGCAAUGAUACUGAAUUGAUCUUUCAGCUGUUUUUGCAGGCUGCUAAGCCAUCGUCUGCAACUGGGGAUGCCGUACAACGGCUUGCGGAUCUGAUCAGUAGCAUAUCAGGCCCUUUCUCAUUCGUGUUUUACGAUGCCAUCAACUCCAAGUUGUUCUUUAGCAGGGAUUGUCUAGGGAGGCGAUCACUCUUACAUGGUACCGAUGAGAAUGGAAGCUUAAAGGUUUGCAGUCUGUGCGAUAGCACGUCUUCAACUGUUUUCGAAGAAGUUGAUACAAAUGGGGUGUACAUGCUUGAUCUUGCAGCUCCUGUUACGACUACGACGUAUAACAUCCAAAUCCUACCUUGGUCGAAUGAUAAAGAUUCACCAGCAAACCAUCUUAAAAACCCAAUCCCACAAAUGAAUAAAUCCAUCCCCAACGGCAAUCCCAGCUUAACCAUAGAAUCAAACGUCGUCAACGAACUUGAGCAACAACUCCACCAAUCCCUCGAGUUCAGGAUAAAACACGUUCCAGAUCAAGGCCAAGGUCCAGAAGCAACAAAAGUGGCCGUACUAUUCUCCGGCGGCCUCGACUGCACACUCCUCGCCAGACUCUCGCACGAGAUUCUACCAAGCAAUGAAACGAUCGACCUCCUCAACGUCGCCUUCGAAAAUCCCCGCGUUGUAGCAGCAGCCGCAAGAAGCAAAGAAGCCUCUACGGAAUCAGUCUACGAGAGCUGUCCGGACCGCAUGACUGGCCGAUCAGCAUUCGCAGAAUUACAAAAAGUCUGUCCAGGUCGUAAAUGGCGACUUGUUGCAGUUGACGUACCCUACACAGAGACCAUCUCUCAUCGAGACCGCAUAAAACUCCUCAUGAGACCACACAAUACUGAAAUGGACCUUUCAAUCGCUUGUGCAUUAUACUUUGCGUCCAGGGGACAAGGAACGGUUUACGAAGGCGAAACAUCAUUCUCCUACACAACACCAGCGCGUGUUUUACUCUCAGGACUCGGCGCAGACGAACUAUUCGCCGGAUACGGCAGACACGGGGUCGCGUUCAACCGCGACAGCUAUCAAGGCUUGAUCGACGAAGUCUAUCUAGACGUCAGCCGUCUUGGAAAACGGAAUCUCGGGCGCGACGAUCGAAUCCUAUGCACUUGGGGCCGCGAAGCACGGUAUCCAUUUCUGGAUGAGGUGUUUGUGUCGUGGGUUUUGCAAACUCCGAUAUGGGAGAAAUGCGGGUUUGGGAUGGCGGAUUCUGAGAUUCCGGAAUCAGAGAAGGGACUUGAUGCGGAGAAGAAGGCACUCCGGUUGCUUGCUCUUAAGCUUGGUAUGGAGAAGGUCUCGCGGGAGAAAAAGCGGGCUAUCCAGUUCGGGUCUAGGACGGCUAAGAUGGAGAAUGGCCGUACAAAGGGGACGGAUGCGCUAAGCUAG